AUGUGCAUCGAUUAUCAUUCCAAAUGGAUUGAGGCUGCGCCCCUGACGGCCAUUACAACCGAGAAGGUUCAAAACUUCCUGCAACGCAACAUCUUCUACCGCCACGGUAUGCCUGAGUCUAUCAUCAGAGAUAACGGCACGCAAUUCAAUAACGAUCACCUCAUCACAUGGUGCAAGGCAAGAGGGACUAAGCUCAAAUUCGCAUCUGUAGCACAUCCAAAAACCAACAGGCAAGUAGAAGCCGCUAACAAGCUGAUCAAAGGCCUUCUUAGAAAAAAGUUGGAUGAAGCCAAAGGACUUUGGCCCGAAAAACUCGACGAAGUGCUAUAG